UACAUUGCGCGAUGCUCUAGAAACUGUUCGGCAAGAAUUAGAGACGACGGCAAAAGAACAUAUUGGUCUUUCUCAGAAAAUAAAAGUUGAACUUGAACAAGAAUUAUCAGACUUUAUUACGAAGCAAAGAGAGAAGAGAAAACUGCAACAAAGUGUUGUAGAAAAAAGCCUGAGAAAUAAGCAAACGCAAAUUUCUUCUGUCCAAAAGGCAAGAGAAAAAUAUGAAUCAGAGUGCUUAAAGUUACCAGGAUUAUUGGAAUCUAAGAAAACAGUUGUGGGAAAGGAUUUGGAAAAGUUAAGUCUAAAGAUUGAAAAAACACAGUUGGCUGCAAAAGCUGCUGAUCAAGAAUAUAUGCAAAUGGUUAAAAUUGCUACCGAUGCAACUCAGAAGUGGAAUGAUGAUUGGAGGUUAGCAUGUGAAAAAUUCCAAUAUUUAGAGGAGGAUAGAAUUGAAUUUUUGAAACAAGAAUUAUGGAAUUAUGCGAAUCUAAUAUCAUCUAUUUGUGUGGUUGAUGAUGAGUCUUGUGAACGUAUUAGAGUGUGUUUGGAAAAUUGUAAUGUGGAUAAAGAUAUUCAAACUUUCAUUAAAGAGCAUGCUACAGGACCGGAAAUACCAGGUGAAAAUGGUACACGUUAUAAAAGAGCAUCUUAUGAAAGAACUUCUAUGGAAUAUAAAAAUAAUGUGUUACCUCCAGGCACUGAUCAACCUAUAGGAAAUUCUCAAAACACGAAUUAUAACUUGAUAUCAUCGACAAACUCAAAUCAGUCUUCUCAGGAGAAUGGAAUGAAUUAUAAAACUUUAUACAAUUUUCUUCCCGUUGAAAAAAGUAGUAGGGCUACUUUAUAUGCCAAUACUUCAUCUGCCUCCCCACAUGGUACAAUUAAAGAUUCUGUACUUCCACAAACUCCUAUCGAGGAAAUAGAAGAACCUGAUCCUAUUGAUCCAAGGCAACAAACAAUCCUUGCGGUUGGCGAGAAUAUGCUUGAAGUACAAACUACAAAUGAAGAUUCAAUGAUAGAAAAUGACCUCAAAUCGGGCUCUUCAUCACCAAUAGCAAACACAGUAGAAUCUGUUGAAGAUAUGCCUCAAUUAAAUAAUCAACAAACCGUACUUGAUCGUAUGGAAAAA